AUGACGAUUCUACGAUUGUCGGUUUUCGCACGGACAUUUUUGAAUCGGAGCAUUGGAGAAUAUGCUCUUAAUGCAUCGCCAAAAAUUCAUUUCGGGAAAUUGAUCGAACGUCGAUGCUAUGCGACCGCGAUCAAAUUAAAAGUGGAUUCGCAAAAUGUAGUGAGCAGCGGAUUGCCUGAUGUGAGCGGUUUUGAAAAUAUUUAUUUACAUGAUUUUAUCUGGGAGAAGAUCGAGAGAUGGUCGAAUCGUACUGCUUUGAUUUGUUUAGAUACUGGUAGAUCGUAUACGUACAGUCAAUUGAGAAAAGCAUGCGGCAGACUAGCAACGAGUUUGAGAAAAAGCAAACUCCUGCCAGGGGAUACUAUCGCCAUUAUUUUGCCAAAUAUUCCAGAAUUUGCCAUCAUAUUACUAGCGGCAAACGAAGCCGGUUUACGCACAACAUUAAUUAAUCCUGCAUAUACAAUGUACGAGAUCAAAAAGCAAGUUGAGAAUGCGGAUGUUCAGGCGAUUUUCACAUUUCCGGCCAAAUACGCUGAUAUCAAAUCGAGUAUAGACAACAAUUCAAAAAUAAAAUUACCCAUCGUUAUCGUAAAUGAUGGCAGUGGCACCGCUUCGAUCGCGGGAACCAUCAAAUUCGACGAUCUCGUGCGCGAUGACAUCGAGGAAUUUUCAGUCAGUCAGAAAACCGACGUCAAUUACGAAGAUACGGUAAUCAUGCCUUAUUCCAGCGGUACGACUGGUCUACCGAAAAGUAUCGAGACAAGCCAUAGAAAUAUUGUGGUAAAUAUUCUUCAAGCCUUGCUUCCGGAAAUCUGUCCCGCGGAGGAAACGACUGAAUAUCACCAAGAUAUUGUACCAGUGAUAUUACCAAUGUUUCACAUUUAUGGAUUAGUAAUUAUUUUGUAUUGUUAUUUACGGAUAGGUGCUAAGUUGGUGUGCAUGCCGCAAUUUUCCAUGAAUAAACUCGUAAAACUGCUGGAAGAUUAUCGAUGCACGGUCAUGUAUACGGUACCACCGAUCAUACAGAUGAUGACAUAUGACAAACGGAUAACGUCGCGUCACUUUGCAUCUAUGAAGUUAAUAGUAUCAGGAGCUGCACCUAUCGGAGAAGAAUCUCUCGCCAAGUUUCAAGGUCGCGUCAAUCGUGUAAAUUUCGUCCAAGGAUACGGUGCGUCAGAAUUAUCGCCGCUCGCUACGAUGAGUUUGGAUGCACCAUGGACAUCGUCCGGUUAUUUGGUUUCAAAUACACAGUUGAAAAUUGUAGGCACGCGACAAGAUAAUUUCGGCAAAAAUUUACCGUUGCAUGAAUUGGGAGAGAUAUACAUACGAGGUCCGCAAGUAAUGAAAGGAUAUUAUAAAAAUCCCCAGGCCACGGCGGAUACUAUGGACGGAGAUUGGUACAAGACUGGCGAUUCAGGAUAUUACACCGAACAAGGUCUGUUCGUGCGAGCACGAUUGAAGGAGUUGAUAAAAGUAAAAGGAUUUCAAGUCGCGCCCUCCGAACUAGAAGAAGUAAUUCGCAGUAACGACAAAAUACAAGACGUCGCCGUCAUUGGUGUCCCACACGACAAAUACGGCGAAAUUCCAAAAGCCUUUGUAGUUCCUAAGCCUGGAGUAAAAAUUAAUGAAAAUGAACUCAAAGAAUACGUAGCUGAACGUGUAGUCAAAUUUAAGCACUUGGGAUAUGUACAAGUUUUAGAAAGUAUACCAAAAAAUGCUUCUGGAAAGAUUCUUCGCAGAGAACUUGAAAAGUUGUAGCACACUUUUCAAAUGUCGAGUUUUGUACACUCAAAUUAAUAUCAAGGAAUUUAUCGAUAAACGUUUAAUAAAUGUUUAAUAAACGUU